GACGCCCAGACACCCUCCGGCUCAGACAUGCUGCCACUGCUGCUGCCGCCGCUGCUAUGGGCGGGGUCCCUGGCUCAGGAUCCAAAUUACUGGCUGAAAGCACCGCGGUCCGUGUCGGUGCAGGAGGGCCUGUGUGUCCACGUGCCCUGCAGAGUUCCAAAAACCGGCUACUGGUUCCAAAAACCAGCCCGUGACUACGGAGAUCUGGCAGUGGCCACAAACAACCCAGAGCAUGCGGUGCUCAGUGAGGCCCAGGGCCAAUUCCUCCUCCUUGGAGACCCCCAGACCAAGGACUGCUCCCUGGACAUCAGAGACGCCCAGAGGAGGGACACAGAAGUAUACUUCUUUAGGUUGGAGAGAGGGCCUACCGUGAGAUAUAAUUAUAAAUGGCAUCCGCUCUCCGUCCGUGUGACGGCUCUGACAGACACACCUGACAUCCACGUCCAGGGGACCCUAGCAUCUGGCCGCCCCACCAACCUCACCUGUGCGGUGCGAUGGGCCUAUGAGAGGGGGACAUCCCACACCUUCUCCUGGACUGAGGUCGCCCUUACCUCCCCACACCCCAAGUCCCACUCCUCGGUGCUCACCCUCACCCCGAGGCCCCAGGACCACGGCACCAACCUCACGUGUCAUGUGUCCUUCCCCGGAGCUGGUGUGAGCACAGAGGCGACCAUGAGGCUCAAUGUGUCCUUCCCCAAGAUCCUGGGCAAUGCCACCUCCCUGAGAGUCUGGGAGGGCCAGUCCCUGCGCCUGGUCUGUGUUAUCGACAGCAACCCCCCCAAUGUCAGCUGGUCCCGGGGGAGCCUGACCCUGAGCCCCUCCCAGCCUUUGGAUCCUGGGGUCCUAGAGCUGCCCCAGGUGGUCUUAGGGGAUGGAGGAGAGGUCACCUGCAGAGCUCAGCACCCGAGCGGCUCCAGCCAUGUGUACUGA